GAAUCUUUUAAAGACAAGUUUUGUGAACCGAUUCAACCAAUUCAUUACAAAGAUUCGACUCAAAAGAAUGAUUCGAUGCCGAAUCGUAAGUCGCUACUAGGUAGGCAGCUCGCUGUGUUUUGAAACGCAGCCGGUGUCUGAGCAUGUGCUGUUACUGCUGCAGUGGAGUAAAAUAUGUCAGUUUUCACCGGACAGCGGCGAGAGGACAGAGAGAGCCGGCUACAAAUGUACUCUGAGGGGCAGCCGGUGCAACGAUUUUCUGUUUAACACCAAAAUGAGGCACGGCUCCUCUACAUCUACAGCAGCGGAAGAAUAAUAAGUACAUGAGUACUACAUUAGCAUUGGCAUCGGCAGCAAAGCUCAGAAGUACCACUCUCUUUGGACCCUGACAGACGGUGUGGAGUGUGGACGGUGAGACUACCAGACAGCAGCUUAGCCUAUUAACUCCACACGUCAAAAUAAAAGGAAGAUGGUCAACAUGGCAAACACGAUGACCCCUGAGCCCCUUACAGCCCUCUCUCGGUGGUACUUGUACGCCAUCCACGGUUACUUCUGUGAAGUCAUGUUCACGGCCGCCUGGGAGUUUGUGGUGAACUGCAACUGGAAGUUUCCCGGCGUGACUAGCGUGUGGGCGCUCUUCAUCUACGGAACCUGCAUCCUGAUCGUAGAGCGCAUGUACCUUUGUCUACGAGACCGCUGCAACGUGCUGCUCCGCUGCAUCAUUUACACACUGUGGACAUACCUGUGGGAGUUCGGCACGGGUUUGCUGCUACGACAGUUCAACGCUUGUCCAUGGGACUACUCAGAGUUUAAAUAUAACUUCAUGGGCCUGAUCACGGCAGAGUACGCUGUGCCUUGGUUCUGCGCCUCCUUUAUUGUAGAACGCCUAGUGAUCCGCAACACGCUCCGGUUGCGUUUCGACGAGGCCACCGAUCCCAGCCAGGCUGAAGAACGGUCGGACAGAGGCGGUGGGGGACGAGGAGGCGGAGGGCGAAGAGCACGAGGGGCCAGAGCAGGGGCCACCAGCGCAAACGGCUACGUGAAGGUGGAUUGAGGAUGUUGUCAACACCUAUCCCCAUCACAAAGCUCCCGUCACCCAUGACUCUCUCCGCACAUCUCUCAAUCUCUCUCCCACCUGCUUCCAGGGAAAGAGUCGCUUGGACACGGCUGGUGCAGCUCCAACAGAGACAGUUGCACAACUGUGAGGAACUUUCUGGUUAAUUUGCCACCUCAGUUCUCAACGUCAAACCGCCCUUGCAUUCGGGCGAGUAGCCGUUAAGUUAAAGGUUUGUCUGCAGGAGUGGUGCCCGAUGGCAAAAUGAGAAUGAACCCUCCACCUCUACCACAAUACUGUACCUCCCAAACCAGUCCAUCCACUCCUACACUCUGGGAGGGGACAAACAUAAUGACUCAUGUUCCCUCGUCCAAAAAAAAAAAAAAAAAACCCAGGAAAGCAAACACAUCACUUGUAGAGAGACGAAAAGCUAUAUAUCAAGUGCUUUUAAAAAAUAAGCAAGUCCUUUUAGAUUAUAAACAGUGUGUAUGAUGUAUAUGUAGUAGCAAAAGCAAAUAACUGUUGGGAUAGCUUACCUUUUGAAUGUUAGUUUGUGUUAUUUAUUAAUAUCUAAAAUGUAGUUAAGAAAUGUCACGAAAAUAUAUUAAAAACUUAUUGUGUAUAUAUAAUGUAUAACCUAAAGCAAUGCCUUGCACUUGAAUUUGGUGUUUUUUUACAUUCUUCAAAAAAUUCAGUGCUUGAACAUGCAUGAAAGUUGUCUUCCAGGAGCUUUUUUCAUAUUCAGACUGAUCUUAGAUCUUUUUUUUUCUUUGUUUAUUUUUCUCAUAGAGAUGAAGACCCAAAGGAGUACUGUAUUGUUUUUACAUAUAUAGAGGCCUGGUGCUCAGUACUGAAACCAUAAAAACAUCACAGUUUCCUGUGUUUUCACUGGAGAGAAUGAGUUGUUGUGGUAAAUGUGUUGAUGAACUGGUGCUAGAUUCACAUCGAGUCUUUUAAGGGAUCUGAUGAUAGUCACAAUAAAGGCAUAUAGCAUAUAGGUUCACUGACCUCAGGUACGUCAAUGUUAAUAAUUUCAGCUCCGUCUCUCAUAUGCCAUGAAGUAACGGAUGAAGAUUACGAGAAAUAUUGUGGCAAAUAACCUUGUUAUUACCCGCAUGGCUACAAUUUCAGGUUAUUGAUUUGCCAGAAAGUUUUGUUGUAUUGGUUAUAUUGUUCCUGACCAAACAAAAAAUGUAUUAAAGCCACUAAUUUUUGAAUGAAAUUC